UAAGCCAGGGAAAUGGUAUAAGGUUUACAAGGCUAAGUGCCGAAUGCUGUGCUUUGACCACAACAACCCCACACAACAUUACAGGCUUGGGGAUAUGUGGCUGGCAAGCUAUCUGGCUGAAAAGGGCUUGGGAGUGUUUAUCGACAGCAGUUGAACAUGAGCCAGCAGUCUGCACAGGUGGCCAAGAAGGCUCCUGGUAUCCUGGCCUGUAUCAGAAAUAGUGUGAUCUCCAGGAACAGGGAAGUGACUGUCCCAUUGUACUGUGGCUCAGGCCACAGGUCAAGUGCUGUGUUCAGUUUUGGGCUUUUAACUACAAGGACAUUGAGAUACUGGUGUGUCCAGAGAUGAGCAACAAAGCUGGUGAAGAGCCUAUAGUGCAAGUCUUAAAAGGAGUGGCUGAGAGAACUGGGUGUGUUUAGUCUGGAGGAGGCUGAAGGGAGAUAUGCUUACUCCCUUCAACUACCUGAAGGAGCAUUGUAGUGAGGUUGGGGUUAGUCUCUUCUCUCUAGUAAUGAAUUAUAGGACAUGAGGAAACAGGCUCAAGUUGUGCCAGGGUGUUAGCAUUACUGUAUAUGGAAAGUUAGAAAUAGUUAGGCUAAGGUCUGUAUCGAGGCCUAGUGAGCAGUGUGGGAUGUUGAUGUAACCUAGCAGUCUAGGGAACUAGUGGGGCAUGCUGAGCUUGUGCAUUCUUGCUUAAACAAAGCAAAGAGAUUAGUGAAGAAUACUGAACGCUGAAUCUUGUUUUUCUCAAAGAAAUCGUUAUCUCGAAUGUUUACCUGUUUGUUAUCUAUGGAAAUUUCUUGUUGUGGAUUCAGAUAAGCAUAGUCUCAAGUAACUACAUGAAAGAGCACAACAUAAUCCUAAUGUCUAAGAAAACUGGUAAACAUCACGGGGACCUGAUGAAGUAAUCAUUUGUGGAAAGUAUAUAAACUCUGUGAAAUUUUCUGUUAGUGGGGGCUCUGACUUUGGACACUAGUCCUCAGGUCCCUAGGGCCCUCAAUAAAGCACCACAUAAAACGACCUCGGUUGUUUUGUGUUUUCCUUCGGGAACGGGCAGCAAGGGGAGGUUUAGGUUGGAGAUGAGGAAGAACGUCUCCCCUGAGAGAGUUGUCACUGUCCCACGCUGCCCAGGGAGAUGGUGGAGUCCCCACCCCGGAAACAUUUCAAGGCCGUGUAGCUUAAGGCCAUGUUUUAGCAUUGGGCUUGGCAGUAUAAGGUGAGAAGUUUGACUCGAUGACCUGAAAAGGCUUUUCCAACCGAAACGGUUCUGUAAUUCUAACUGGAAUAUGACAGAGCAACGGCAGCACCUGCACUGACAAACAGACACGCCACGAGCACCUCCCCGUGAGGGCAGACCACUAAGAUGGCGGCCACGCACGCGACGACAUCCGCCUCACUGCCACUCCUCCGGCCCUUCCAGGCCCCCGUAGGAACCCGCCUACUCCCCACCGUUAAACGGCUGCCGUGACGCGCACAUCACAUCCCCCGGAAGGCGAGCAGCAGUUGCGCAGAAAUGGCACAAAAGAAGUAUUUAAUAGCAAAACUGACAAGUUGCUUAAGAGAGGACAAAAUUCAACUAUGGAAAUCACCAUAUACAAAUGAAAAAAAAGAAGCUGGUGAAGAGAUGAAGGAACUUGUACAAAAAUACUCAUCCAAGCUGCAUAUCAAGGAGAAUGAUGUGGAGAAUGUGCUGGAAGAAAUACGGUGCAAAGCAGUCGAGCGUGGAACAGGAAAUGAAAAUUUUAAAGUGACUGGGAUUGCAAGACUUGAUAUAUACCUGCCUCGUAGAAAAAGCAGAAAAAUCCUAUUGGAAACUAACCUGUUCAUUACAGGCAAGGAGCUGAGAUCACAGAUAGCACAGGAACAUGCAUUAGAAGAAAAUGCAAUCAAAAUAAUAAUAAAUAAGAAGCAGCUUGACCUGGGCAAAACUCUCGCAGACCAGGGUAUAACACACAAUGCAAAAGUGAUGGUGCUUCAGCUGGAACAGAGUGAUGAAGAAACUAAAAGAAAAGUUCAGGAAGAGGAACUUCAAUUACAGAAAGAAAAAGAAAUAAAUGACAAGAUGCAAAGAACUAAGAAGGGUUUGGAAAUUCUGGCAGAGAGAGAAGAGUACUUGGAUCCAGAUUCUGUUCCAUACCUAGAUAUAGCUAAUCAGACUGGAAAGUCAAUUGAGAUUCCUCCAAGAGCUAAAAAAGCACUUGUCCUGGCAAUGGGUUAUCAUGAGAAGGGCCGAGCCUUAAUGAAGAGGAAGGAAUAUGAAGUAGCGCUGCCAUAUCUGUUGGAUGCUGAUAAACACUUCUGCGAGUGUAGCACAGAACUGCUGAACACAGUUGAUAACUAUGCAGUACUGCAGCUGGACAUAGUGUGGUGCUACUUCCGCCUGGAGCAGCUGGACUGCCUGGAUGAUGCAGAGAAGAAGCUGACCACAGCACAUGGGUGCUUCCAGAAGUGCUACGGGGAGAACCACGAGAGACUCAUUGAUAUCAAAGGAAGUUGUGGUCGUGAGAAGGUUUUAUUUCUACGGCUUUACCUCCUUCAAGGUAUAGGACACUAUCACAGUGGCAGAGAAAAGGAGGCUGCAGAGUAUAUUCAGAAGGCCUCUCGUUUGUAUGAAGAGCUGUCCAUAGAUCCUGAUAAAGUUCAUUGCUUGUCACUCCUGGGAUUCUCCGAACAGGAAGCUCGCCUUGCCCUGCGAGCAUGCCAUGGGAACGUGGAGCAUGCUGCCAAUCUCAUCAGCAACAGGAGAGAGGAAAAGGCACGCAUAAAGAGGGAGGAGAGAGCGAAAAGAAGGCAACGACAGGAAGACAUAAAUACCUUGAAAAGCAUGGGCUACUCAGAGAGAGCUGCUCAAGUGGCUCUUCAUCAUACACAAGGAAACCUGGACCAAGCUUUUAAAUUUAUUCUUGACAAUCCUGAGUUACUGUUGGAAGAUGAUGAUGAUGAUGAUCCUGUGGCCACGGACCAGUUUCAGGUUUCCCAGGAAAGCAUUGACCAACUGAUGUAUAUGGGUUUCAGCCGUGAGUCGGCAGAGCAAGCUUUAAAGGUCUUUAAAGGCAACAUCCACGUCGCGUCCCAAACCCUUGCGCAUUACGGGGGAGCCCUUCCGGCCUCUCUGCAGCCGUCUCCAGUGGGCUCCAGCCCCUCGGAAGAGUCGGCUUCAUCCAAAGAGUCUCCGACCGAGUCUGCAGAAGGUUCUUCUAGUUCAGCAACGGACGAAGACAUGGAGACCGAUGCAGUCAAUGAAAUCCUAGAGGAUAUUCCGGAACAUGAAGAGGAUUAUCUGGAUUUAACACUGGAGGAAGAGGAACAGAUCAUUCAUGAAUACUUAUCCUAUAUACAAGUAUCGCAGCAUUAAACACUGUGACAUCUACUUCAGUUUGAUGUAUUUAGCUUGACAAAUUGAGUUCGGAUUAUAAAUGCACCUUCAGCUUAUCUCUUACUAAAUGCCUUGACUUCAGUUAAACUAUAGGUGGAAGACUUAAUUCCUGCUUAUUUAUAAAUCUGCUUAAAGCCGACAUUGGUGAUACGUUGUAAUUUGUCAUAGCAGAAAAAUAGAAACAUUUAUUUUCAGAAGAAAAUUUAAUAGAACUAAACUAUAUUUUUAUUGUGAAAUAAGUUAAUUCACUUAGUAUUCAAGCAAAGAAGCAUUUCUAUACUAUUUAAAAAUACCAGCUUUAAAAAAAGAAGUGUUUGUAAGUCUGGAACAGCUAGAUUGUGAGGUUGUAGAGGUAUCAACUUCCACACUGUUCUCCUUUUUCUUCUGAAAGAUUUGAGACACGUUGAUGUGUCUGUUGUGCAUGGAUUUCUGCUAUGAUCUGCUUGUCACUUCUGCAGGUGUUACAGAGGCAAUAAAGGUAACUGUGUGCUGCCA